AUGACAGAAAAGACAGUUUCUGAAACUGGAGGCAUAAUUAAAAUAACAAAUGCCCGGAACCAACAAGAAGUUAACGAGCUGAAAGAAGUAGCGAGGAGGGAAGUAUUCACAACUAGUGCAGGUGACUUUUCACAUCAGCUCAAGUUUAUUGAUGCAAUCCAGCGCCUUGGCGUGGCAUACCAUUUUGAAUGUGAAAUUGAAGAAGCAUUGGAGCGUAUGCAUGCUGCAUUUCGUGACCAUGGCUUUAGUGAUGAUGGAGAUCUAUACAACGUUGCUCUUGGUUUCCGGCUACUAAGACAACAUAUAUAUAAGGCAGAUGUGUUCAACAAGUUCAAAGAUGAAAAUGGCAGCUUCAAGGAAUGCUUAAUUAUUGAUGUUUCCAGGGAUGCUAAGCCUUUAUGA